UAAAACAUAUUGGUUCAGGUAGUGGGUGUAAGUGUUUUUGAUUCGGUUGAUUGGCAUCCCUAAAUUCAAUCGUAAACGAAAGAGAGAAGGAUGAUGAGGAACAUAGUCCUCAAGCGAUUCCUCCAAAGCUCCAGCUCUUUCACUCGCUCCCCCUCCUCAAGAUCCAACCCUUUCCUCCUCUCCUCUCGAUGUUAUGCGGUUUCUACCCCACUUGCUGAGGAUGAAGCUGAAACAGUAGUAUUUCCAAGGGAGGGCCCUGGAUUUUCCUAUGGUCUUAACUGGGCUUUAGCUGGCAAAGGUGUUAUUGUGAAGGACAAAGCUUUUCAAAACUUGAAACCUUCUGAACUAAAACAAAAGGGUGCAACCAUUGCAGCGUCCUUGUCAGGACUUCCAGUUCAUGUUAGAGGAAGUAUUGUUGGAGGAGCUUCAGAACUUUCCAAGGGACAAUUUGGCAAACUUUUGAAACAGGUUACAAGUCACAUAUCAUCCAUCUCAAAUGUUUUUGUUCAUGAUGGGGCCAUUGGUUCAUCGCCAAAAUGUGAUGCAAAAGUUCGUGUAAUAAGUGAUAGUCCUGCUGCUGUAUUAUCACUUUCAAAUGUUCUUUGGAAGACGCCGACUCGUGCAGUUUCACAUGAUUCUUGUCCUUUGACCGUAUAUGUUGCUACCUCUAUAAGUCCAGGGGUGGGGGACAAUAUUGGUCUGGGAUCUAAAGGAAAUAAGGGAUUUGUAGCUGCUGAUAUUGAGCGAUCAUCACUCAUUUUAUGUGGUAAAGCGUUCUCAGAUACAAAUGGAAUUAAAGAAGCACUAGCUGCCUUGUCUGGACCUAUCAUAUCUUCACGGGGAGGCCUUCCUCUACCUGCCAGGCUCCUAGUGUCGGGUGAUUCUGUGAUUCUUUUAUUUGCUCCUGAAGAAACCAUUCAGAGCUGUGCAGAUUCCUUGGUUUCUGCAGAUGCAGGUGUAAUUCUUUCUUCUCAAGGUGUUGCACCAUAUUUUCAAAGUGGAAAAUCUGGUGGCUUGAGUUUAUUCAAAUUGCCAGCUGCUGUUGUCCUUGCAUCUUCUGAUAGUUCUGGAGUUAUCCCUUCUGUCUCAAGGCUCUCUCCUGGUCAGGCAGCAUAUCAUUUCCUAGCAGGCUAUCAAAAUGGGAAGUUCACACCUGCAUACAGCAAGGGUCCUUCAUCUACCGACCCAUUGGAACUUGCAAAGGCUUUUCUGUCCAAGUUGCAAGAGAACCAAAUCUCAUCCUUCCUCAUUAAUGUCAACGAGGGAGAAAAGAGCAUAACUGGCAAGGAUCUCGUAAAGUUGGUGGAAUCAACUCUGUCCAAGAACAUCCCUACGUUUCAAGCAAAAGGUGGAGAUCUUCAAGAAAAGUACAAGAGCUUUUUAUCAGGAAAAUUUCAAGAACUACCUGAGGAAUUCUCAUUCUGAGAAGGUGAAAUCCUUUUGUCUUUGUAUUGCUUGUUUUUGUCCUCAGGUCACCAAAGUAAGCUCUUUUUCAUGAAGCUAUACCUCUAAUCAUAUGUAUGAUUUUUGCUUCCUCACAUAGUGUCUGGUGUCGAGUACCAGAAGCUGAAAUAAAUUAUCCUGUUGUAUAUCUUCUGACUUGUAUUGGUUCCCUCUUUUCCCAAGUUUAGUGAAAGGACUUUCUGAACUUUUAUUCAA